GGUAACUUCGAUUACGCGGAGUUAGUCUAGUCAAGUAGUCAAUUUGUAUCUAUAACUUCGAUUCGUUUUGUGCUGGUCUUGUACUCGUAUAAAUUGUUAUUUUCUAAUUAAAUUGUCGAUCAAAUGGCUCCUCAAGGUAUCGGGAACUCGGUGCAGCAGGAGGCGACCAACGGCGUCGGCGGCGCCCACGAGGACAUCCGCGUGCUCGACGGUGGAUUCGCCACGCAAUUGAGUUGCCACGUCCAGCAGCCCAUCGACGGGGACGUCCUGUGGAGCGCCAGAUUCCUGGCAACCGAUCCGGAGGCGGUCAUCGACACCCACCUGGACUUUCUCAGAGCUCGAGCCGAAGUGAUCAUCACCAACACCUACCAAGCCGACGUCGAUCUCUUCGCCACUCACCUGAAUAUGACCAAAGAAGAGGGCUACAACCUCAUCAAAAAAUCCGUCGAACUGGCCAAACUGGCCGUAGAGAGGUACUUAGAAGAAUUUUCCGACGCGCGCAAGCCUCUUAUCGCAGGCUCCGUAGGUCCCUACGGCGCCUCGCUGCACGACGGCUCCGAAUACACCGGUUCCUACGUCAAUACCGUCUCCACGGACACCAUGAAGACCUGGCAUUUGCCCAGGAUAAGAGCGCUGGUGGAAGGUGGCUGCGAUCUGCUGGCCAUCGAGACCAUUCCGAGCGGCGUGGAAGCCGAGAUGCUGGUGAAUCUCCUGCGAGAGGAGUUUCCCGGUACCAAAGCUUGGAUAUCUCUAAGCGUAGGACAAGAUGGAAAGACGACGGCUUGCGGGGAGAAUUUCCAGAGCGUAGCGCGCCGUUGUUACGACAUGAAUCCCGGGCAAAUAGUGGCCGUUGGUUGUAAUUGUACGGCGCCGAGUCUCAUCGAGAGCUUGAUAACGGGCAUAAACGACGACAGGAAACACAAUCCGCGGCCUUUAAUAGUGUAUCCGAACAGCGGGGAAAACUAUGACGUCGAUCUGGGGUGGAUCAACAGGGAAAAAUGCGAACCUGUGGCGACUUUCGUCCACAAAUGGCUGGAUUUGGGAGUGAAGUGGAUAGGCGGAUGUUGUCGCACUUACGCCAUUGAUGUCACGAGGAUAAGGAAGGAGGUGGAGUUGUGGAAAAGCAAGCAUUAAAAUUGCGUGUUUUUGAAUGUUUCAACGUGUGUUUCUCCGCAUUUUUCUGUUAUUUAGUUGUAUGUGUAUAGUUAGGAACAGUGUUGUUAAGUAAUUAAUUACAAGUAAUUGAAAAAGUAAUUGAAUUACUUUUAUUGUAAUUGAGGCGGUAAUUAAUUACAAGAUCCUCAAUUGUAAUUCAUUUGUA